CAAAAGGACGUCGAUCGCAUCGGCCCGAUCAGUCAGAAUGCAGCCGUGGCGGCGCUCGGUCAUCGGCUGCUCCUCGGUAACAAGCGUCGCGACGACGUCGUUGUUGUUGAUUUGCGGAAGGGGGGUGAGUACCCCUCGGCCCUUGGUGGGGGCGCAGUAGAUGGGGCGGGCAGUGACGGAACGACGACGAUGGUACCGUCGCCGCCGCCGCCGCCCCCGGUGGGCCACGGACGCACGGAGGAUCAGCCGGAUUUGGCUGCGGUCGGGACGUGGCUAGAAUCGAACCCGGCGAUACUAGAACGGUGGCUGCGCGACCACGCCUCCGACGAGCUGCGCCGUCGAACCCUAGAAGCCCUCGGCUACCCCACAACCACCACCAGAGUAGCCACCGUCAACACCACCCCCCUCCACCCGCAAUCACCGCUAUCACCCGUAUCCCCCAGAUCCAGCUCCAACUGCGUCUCUGACGGUCGACUCCAAAUCUGGUACUCGCACGACACCAAGCAAGAACAACAAAAUCGUCGCCACAGCAGCAGCCUCCAAAAUGUCCGUCCAAGCCGCGACCUGGCAACCAUGGACGAUUCCGACCUGUUCAUGGAGCUGAUCAGGGACAUCGCGAACGAACUAAAUAUCGACGUGCUCUGUCACAAGAUUCUGAGGAACGUGUCGCUGUUGACCAGCGCUGACAGGGGGAGUUUGUUUCUGGCGAAGGGACCUCCAGAGGCUAGGUAUUUGGUGUCGAAGUUCUUCGACGUGAGGUACGAUACGUCGUUCGAUGAGGCUAUCAAGUUGGCCAAGUCGGAGGAAAUAAAGAUACCGUUCGGGGUGGGGAUUGCGGGGACGGUGGCUCAGAAUAAGCUGAUGAUUAAUAUCCGUGAUGCGUAUAAGGAUCCCCGUUUCAACAACGAGAUCGAUCUCAGGACCGGUUACAAAACCGAUCUGAUCCUCUGCAUGCCGAUCUGCAACUACGAAGGCGACGUGAUCGGCGUUGCUCAGAUCAUCAAUAAAACCGACGAUUCUCAGGAGUUCUCCUCUCAGGACGUGGAGGUUUUUCAACGAUAUCUGACAUUUUGUGGGAUCGGUAUCCAGAACGCGCAGCUGUUCGAAGUGUCCGUCCUCGAAUACAAAAGAAACCAGAUCCUUCUAAAUCUGGCGAGGAGCAUCUUCGAGGAGCAAAACAAUCUGGAAUGUCUGGUCACGAAAAUAAUGAGAGAAGCGCAAGAUCUAUUGAAAUGCGAAAGCUGUGCGGUCUACCUACUGGAUUUGGAUUGUUGCGAAGCGAAUCAUUUGGAAAGGAUAGUGGAAAGACCGGGAAAAGUAAUCCAACGACACCCUCCGCUGAAUCGUAUGGUCAGCGGAUCUGUGACAGCUCAAGAUAUGAUCGAGAAUUUGCUGAAAAAGCCCAGUCCUUUCACCACGAUAUUCGAGUUGAGGGAAGGUGGCACAAAAACUCUAGUCUCGAGGCCAUCAUCGUACGAUUUGGCAGGAUCCACUUUGGCUCAAAUAGCAGGGUACGCAGCCUGCACCGGCCAAAUCCUCAACAUCGGCGACGUGGGGGCUUGGCUCUGCGAGAAACAUAGCGAAGGCGAUGCUGAAACUGCCAGGACGAUACUCUGCAUGCCCAUAAUCAACGGACAAAGGACGCUUAUAGGCGUUGCACAAUUGAUCAACAAGGAAAAUGGCAAUCCGUUCACCGAGUGCGACGUGUCACUUUUCGAAGCGUUCGCCAUUUUUUGUGGUUUGGGUAUUCACAACACCCAAAUGUACGAGAACGCUUGCAAACUGAUGGCCAAACAGAAAGUCGCCUUGGAGUGUUUGUCCUAUCAUGCAACGGCCAGCAACGAAGCAACGGGGAAGCUUUUAAAAGAAGAUAUUCCGUCAGCAGAAACAUUUAAUUUGUACAGCUUUACCUUCAUCGACUUCGAUUUAUCAGACGAAGACACUUGUAAGGCAACAAUAAGGAUGUUCCUCGAGUGCAAUUUGGUUCAGCAAUUCCAUAUUCCGUACGAGGUACUGUGCAGAUGGGUUCUAAGUGUUAAGAAAAACUACAGGCCAGUGAAGUAUCACAACUGGAGACAUGCUUUAAAUGUGGCUCAGACUAUGUUCGCCAUGUUCAAAACUGGAAAGAUGGAGAGAUUUAUGAAUGAUCUAGAGAUGCUCGGCUUAUUGGUGGCAUGUUUAUGCCACGACUUGGACCAUAGAGGAACGAACAACGCCUUUCAAACGAAAACGGAAUCCCCAUUAGCAAUUUUGUAUUCGACAAGUACGAUGGAACAUCAUCACUUCGACCAAUGCGUGAUGAUACUCAAUACGGACAGCAAUAAUAUAUUUCAAGUAGAGAAUAAUUAUCACUAUCCUAUAAUGCCAAAGACGAUAGAUAAAACCAAGUAUAUUAAGAAAUGGACAGAAGAAGAUCUUGCAAAGGCCAUCGAGGAGGUUCAGAGUGGAACUCCCCUUCGGACAGUUUGCCGUAAAUACCCUAAAAUACCAAGAUCGACCCUUCAAUUCAGAACUUCCAACAAGUUUGUCAAGUCUUCCUUCGGUCCAUCCCCAAUUCUCAGCCUUGCAGAAGAAAACGAUUUGACUGAAUGGAUUAUUGAUUGCCAGAAAAAGGGAUUUCCUCGAAGGAAAGAGGAUAUUCAAGCUUCGGUUAAACAAUUUCUUGAUGAAAAUCCUCGUGAAAAUCCUUUUACUGAUAAUUACCCUGGCUAUGGCUGGUAUAAGGCAUUUUUAAAAAGGCGCCCUGAAUUAUCAGAGAGAAAACCUGAGGCUAUCACUGCCGCGUCUUCAAAGAUAAGUGAAUCUGAUAUUAGAAAGUGGUUCGACCACAUAGAAUCUUAUUUAAAAGAAAAAAACACCUAUAAUAUUCUUCAGCAUUCUGACCGAGUUUUUAAUGGAGAUGAGACCAAUUUUCAGUUGUGUCCCCAAAAUAAAAAGGUUUUAGCACCAAAAGGUGCUAAAAAUGUGUAUGAGGUAGACGGAGCCCAAGCUAAAACGUCUCUAACAGUGCUAUUUUGUUUUAGUGCUUCUGGUGAAACAACACCACCACUAAUAAUUUACCCUUACAAAAGACUUCCCAGAGACAUAGCCGAGUCAGUCCCUAAGGGGUUUCAUGCUUCGUGUAGUGACACGGGAUGGAUGAAGACCGAAAUUUUUUAUGAAUACAUCGGAAACGUGUUUUAUCCUUUCCUAAAAAAACUUGGUGUCACCUUCCCUGUUAUAUUAUUUGUAGAUGGACAUAAAACACACCUGGAUCGGAAGCUCAGUACUCUUUGCUCCAAGCUUCAAAUACUUUUAAUUGCAUUAUACCCGAACGCAACUCGAAUUCUCCAACCUGCAGACGUAUCGACGUUUAAGCCAUUGAAAGACGGUUGGCGCAAAGGUGUACUUGAGUGGAGACGAGAUCACCCCACAGAAGAAUUGACGAAAAAAACCUUUGCUCCUUUAUUAAAAUCUAUUAUAUCUUCAACUUUGCGUCCAGAAAUAAUUAUUAGCGGGUUUAAAACAUGCGGUCUUUUCCCAUGGAAUCCUUCUGCCAUUCACUUCGACAAAUGUUUAGGAAAAGCCAAUAAUGGAAGUGUAAUGACCGGUAAGACUAAAUUGUACAAAGAUUUAGAUUUUGACAGUUUUAAAAACAUUGUUGGAGAAGACAGAGUGGCAAAAUUUAAUGAUUAUAAUAAGUCCCAGGAAAAUGACGAUUUAAAUACAAUUUAUAAUCUUUGGCUAGCUUUUCAUAAAGAAACCGAUGAAAAUAUAAACGAUAUCAACACGCAGGUAGGAAGUAUUCACGACGAUGGGAAAUUUGAAGAAAAUAUAAACAUAAUUGAUGAGCCAGAAGAAAGAGGAACAAAAAACAUAGAAAUAUUUGAAAAUAUGGAAGAAAACGGAAUAAGUAAUAUAUUUAUAGAUAGUACCAACAGUAUUAUAAAUAACCAAACUGAUAUAGAAGAAAAACAAAAUAUAAUUGUGUCUAUUGAAGAUGACAUUGAUAUAUCUACCCUGCCUAUAGUAAUAGAAGAGAAUGGGAUUAUAAAAGAUAUACCAAAAACAUCUUCACCAGUUGAAGAAGAAACUUCACCAAAUAUUUACGGGCCAGUCAGAAGUCAGUCGCCCGAUGCAUACAUUUCCUCCCUCGAUGGUAGCAGUAGCAGCGGUAAACUGGGGCCUCCCAGGGCUCCAAUUGACCCCGCUCCCGAGAUGUUGAGCCUUCCGAACGUGACAAAAUCUCCGCUGGGACUGUAA